AUGGCGAAAUCGAGCAAGCCUGCCAAGGCCACCUCCACGGCGACGACGACGACGGCGAAGGCGAAGAAGAGCGAGAUCGACGACAUAUUCUCGGCACCCGCUGUUGUGGCCAGCAGCAGCAGCAGCAGCAGCAGCAGUAGCAGCAGAAGCAUCGGUACCGGGGCCGGUGCCAGCAAGAGCAGCAGGACAGCUGAUUCCUCAAAGGCGAAGAGAAAGACGAAGGACGCCAGCCAGUCCGGUGCGAGCAGCAAAGCGAGCGAGGACAAUGAGGCUUUGUUAGGAGGGCAGGUUGAGGGAGCCAACAAGAAGCGCAAACGCACAGCCGACGUCACCACCGCCACCACCAUCACCUCCACCACCUCCGCCGCCCCAAAACCAGAAGACAUCAAGAAGAAGAAGCCAAAAAAGCGAACAGUGCAAGUCGUCACAGACACGUCGUCCUCCAUCCCCACACACACGGUCGCGCCGCCCCCCUCCUCCAUACAGCCUUCUUCCUCAAAAGCACCCGCUCUACCUCGACACAACGACCUCGACGACUUUACCGACAGCCGCGGCACUUCAGACCGCAAACGCACCGCCGACGGCCUGCGCAUCUUCACCGCCGAGGAACUGCGCCUCGGCGACCAAGGCGGCGAUACCCCCCUGUGUCCCUUUGAUUGCGACUGUUGCUUUUGA